AACUCUGGCCCGCCCCACCCCUCUCCCCAGCCUUCUCUGUUCUUCCCACUCUCAGUCUCCUAUGCGUCUGAAGACUGGGAACCUCAGCCAGCAUCCAAGAUCCCCCAAUAUAGGAACCAAGAGAGACCCUCUUCUGCUGGCCUGAGAAUACAAGUCUCAACUCUGGCUCAAUCUUCUGUCCCUCUGCUCGCAGGACAAUGAACCAGAAGACCACCCUGGUGCUCCUUGCUCUGGCUGUCAUCACCAUCUUUGCUUUGGUGUGUGUCUUGCUAGCUGGCAGGGGAAGAGAUGGGGGUGAAGUCAGCCCACCUCCCCACUGCCCCUCUAUAUCUCCCAGUGCCCAGCCCUGGACACACCCUGGCCAGAGCCAGCUGUUUGCAGACCUGAGCCGAGAGGAGUUGACGGCCGUGAUGAGCUUUCUGACCCAGCAGCUGGGGCCUGGCCUGGUGGAUGCUGCCCAGGCCCGCCCCUCAGACAACUGCGUCUUCUCAGUAGAGCUGCAGCUACCCCCCAAGGCUGCAGCCCUGGCCCACCUGGACAGGGGAAGUCCCCCGCCUGCCCGAGAGGCACUGGCCAUCGUCUUCUUUGGCGGACAACCCCAGCCCAAUGUGAGUGAGCUGGUGGUGGGACCACUGCCCCAGCCCUCCUACAUGCGGGAUGUGACUGUGGAGCGUCAUGGGGGCCCCCUGCCCUAUUACCGACGCCCCAUGUCGAUCCGAGAGUACCUGGACAUAGACCAGAUGAUCUUUGACAGAGAGCUGCCCAAGGCUGCUGGUCUCCUCCACCACUGUUGCUUCUACAAACACCAAGAACGGAACCUGGCGACGAUGCCCACAGCCCCGAGUGGUCUGCAAUCAGGAGACCGGGCCACCUGGUUUGGCCUCUACUACAACAUCUCAGGAGCUGGGUUUUACCUGCACCCUGUAGGGUUGGAGCUGCUGGUAGACCACAAGGCUCUGGACCCUGCCCACUGGACCAUCCGGAAGGUGUUCUUUCAAGGCCGCUACUAUGAGAGUCUGGCCCAGCUGGAGGACCAGUUUGAGGCUGGCCUGGUGAAUGUGGUGCUGGUCCCAGACAAUGGCACAGGUGGGUCCUGGUCCCUGAAGUCCCAGGUGCCCCCGGGUCCGGCUCCCCCUCUGCAAGUCCAUCCCGAGGGUCCCCGCUUCAGUGUCCAGGGGAACCGAGUGGUCUCCUCAUUGUGGACUUUCUCCUUUGGCCUGGGAGCUUACAGCGGCCCAAGGAUCUUUGACAUCCGUUUUCGGGGAGAACGACUAGCUUAUGAGAUUAGCCUCCAGGAGGCCUCGGCCGUCUAUGGUGGAAAUUCGCCAGCAUCAAUGCUGACCCGCUAUAUGGAUGGCAGCUAUGGCAUGGGCAAGUUCUCCACUCCCCUGACCCGUGGGGUGGACUGCCCCUACCUGGCUACCUACAUGGACUGGCACUUCCUUUUGGAGUCCCAAGACCCCAAGACAAUACAUGACGCCUUUUGUGUGUUUGAACAGAAUCAGGGCCUCCCCCUGAGGCGACACCACUCAGAUUUCAGCUCCCACUAUUUUGGGGGCCUUGUAGAGACAGUGCUGGUUGUCAGAUCUGUGUCUACCUUGCUCAACUAUGAUUAUGUGUGGGAUAUGGUGUUCCACUCCAGUGGGGCCAUAGAAGUCAAAUUCCACGCCACGGGCUACAUCAGCUCAGCAUUCCUCUUUGGUGCUGCCCGAAGGUACGGGAACCAGGUUGGAGAGCACACGCUGGGCACCAUCCACACCCACAGCGCCCAUUUCAAGGUGGAUCUGGAUGUAGGAGGACUGGAGAACUGGGUCUGGGCUGAGGACAUGGCCUUUGACCUAACCUCAGUACCCUGGAGCCCUGAGCACCAGAUACAGAGGAUGCGGGUGAGCCGGAAGCUGCUGGAGACAGAGGAGCAGGCCGCCUUCCCCCUGGGAGGCACCCACCCUCGCUACCUGUACCUGGCCAGCAACCAUAGCAACAAGUGGGGUCACCCAAGGGGCUAUCGUAUCCAGAUGCUCAGCUUUGCUGGGGAGCCGCUGCCCCGGAACAGCUCCAUGGAGAGAGCCUUCAGCUGGGGCAGGUACCAGCUGGCUGUGACCCAGCGGAAGGAGGAAGAGCCCAGAAGUACCAGCAUCUUUAAUCAGAACGAUCCUUGGACCCCCACUGUGGAUUUUACUGACUUCAUCAACAAUGAGACCAUUGCUGGAAAGGACUUGGUGGCCUGGGUGACGGCUGGUUUCCUGCACAUCCCACAUGCAGAGGACGUUCCCAACACGGUGACCGUGGGGAACGGUGUGGGCUUCUUCCUUCGACCCUAUAACUUCUUUGACCAGGACCCCUCGUUCGAUUCUGCUGAUGCCGUCUACUUCCGGGGGGACCAGGAUGCUGGAGCCUGUGAGGUCAACCCCCUAGCUUGCCUCCCCGAGGCUGCUGCCUGUGUCCCCAACCUCCCUGCCUUCUCCCAUGGGGGCUUUUCUCACAACUAGGUGGUCCCCAGGAUGGGGAAUGUGGCCGGGGCCCCAGGGCCAGGGUGUGUGGGGAAGGGGAGCAGUGGGCACUGGGUCAGGUACCCUGGUGCCCUCUUCUCCUUCAUCACAUCCCCCUCCUCACCUUCUCCCAAGGUCCUCUCUCUCCCAUCUCCCUCCCUUGGAUUCCCUUCUCUGCUGGGAACAUUCUGAGCCUGAGAUUCUUGACACAGGGGGGACUUAGCUUUGCUGAUCCCAGACCUGCUGGGUGCCCAUCGCAUAGAGGAGAAUGGCCAGCCAGGAGACUGAAGUGAUGGCCAAGCUUGUCCCCAAAAAACUCCCUGCUUUUUGUUUUUGGUGUUUUCUGGCUUUCCCAAAUCUUUUUAGGCCACCUCCAGGUCUCUCCUGGGCCUCCCCAGUCCCUCUCUUGGGAGGUGAGGAUGGGGGCUCCGCAAUGGGGAUAGUCCCCUAGAGGUCCCAGGGCAGCAUUCCUUUCAAGCCUACACAUCCACAGAUGAGUGAAGGGGCUUCUUGGCCCACAUUCCCUCUCAUCCAAGUCCUCCUCCUCUCCCUCUUCCUUCUUCUUGCCUACCACCUCUUACUCCUCUUCCUACCUGUUCUUCUGUCCUGGGAUUUUCUCCCAGCCCUGAGAGGAUGUUCCUCUGCCCCACGCUCUCCUAGUCCUCAUUUCUCAACUUCAGUCUCCUCUCCUGGCCCUAGGCGUUUGGAAGUCUCAAAAUGUAAGGGAUAUCUGGUUUGAGAGGAAAAUCCCUGUCUGUCCCCCUGUGUCUGUCACAUAUGUGGAGUGGGAGUUGCCCGCACCCAAGUGUGGGGCAGGGUGUGCUCUCUCUGCCCAUUUGUAUAGUCUGCCUUGUGUUCUCUGGUGGAGGAAGGUCACAGAUACCGCAGCAGCUCAAGUUAGCAUUUUAGGUGGAUUUGUGGGUACAAUGAUAAUAAGGAAUGGUCACUUUGUCAGGGCUGUAUGUGACCAGCCACGCCUAUACUCAGCAGCAGCCAACAUAGGAGGCUGGGUGGGCACCAAGGGUGAGAAGCAGGAAGACACAGGAACUCCAGUGGUGGGCCAGGGGCUGUCCAAUCACGUGUGGGCAUGUAGAUAAGCCAGGACCUCUGGAGGGCGGGGCCUCCCACCCAGGCGUCCCUGGGACAGGGUUCUGGAUUAGGGGGGAGUAUGCAAACACCAAGAGUUUGGAAACAAAAGAAACAUUCUUCCCUAGAGGACUGUUUAAAUAAGUUCUGACACAGCCUUACAGUGCAAUACUAUAUAGCUGUAAAAAUAGUUAUAUCUCCUUAUAUACUAAUAGGGAAUAAUCUUCCAGUGAAAAAGGCAGGGCACAGAAGUGUAUAGGGUAUACUUCCCAUUUGUGUUUUAGGAAGGAGGAGAAUAUAAAUAGAUACUUGCUUAUAUAUGCAUAUUCAGAAGAAACGGGUAACUCUGGUUCCUCUGCCAGGGGGAAUCGGGAGGUUGGGGAUUGGGGGGAGCUUAGCGCUGUAUAUACCCUUUUGUACAUUUUGAACUAUAUGACUGUAUUACCUAUUCAAAGUAAAUAAUAAAUGGACCCAAACAGGA